UCUCAACACAAGUGUAGCAGUAACCAAAAAGUACUCACACCACCACAACCACCUUCAUCCCUUCGCUUCAAAGUGCUUUAAUUAACCUCACCUACAAUUUCACGCUGCCUCCCAUUUUUAUACCCUCCAUGCAUUCUUCACUUAUUGAUCAUCUCCUCCAACAACCCUUUCUCUCUCUCCCAAAAAUGGUGACACUUUCUUUCUAUGAUCGCCUUACCUUCACUGCCUUGGCCCUCUUCAUAGCAGGCCUGAUUUUCUUCCUCACUCGCAGAACCAAAUCCAAGAACUUGAACCUUCCCCCAGGACCCCCCGGAUGGCCUAUUGUGGGGAACCUUUUUCAAGUUGCUCGUUCUGGGAAGCCCUUCUUUGAGUAUGUGAACGACGUGAGGCUCAAAUAUGGCUCAAUCUUCACCCUCAAGAUGGGGACGAGGACCAUGAUCAUCCUCACCGAUGCAAAGCUGGUCCACGAGGCCAUGAUUCAAAAGGGGGCAACAUAUGCCACGAGGCCUCCUGAGAACCCCACCAGAACCAUCUUUAGUGAGAACAAGUUCACCGUGAAUGCGGCAGUGUAUGGCCCUGUUUGGAAGUCACUCAGGAGGAACAUGGUGCAGAACAUGCUGAGCUCCACCAGGCUCAAGGAGUUUCGCACUGUGAGGGACAACGCAAUGGACAAGCUCAUCAACAGGCUGAAGGCUGAAGGGGAGAGCAACGGCGGGGUGGUUUGGGUGCUCAAAGAUGCCAGGUUUGCUGUGUUUUGCAUACUUGUGGCUAUGUGUUUUGGUCUAGAGAUGGAUGAGAAAACAGUGGAGAGAAUAGACCAGGUUAUGAAGAAUGUUCUAAUCACAUUGGAUCCCAGAAUCGAUGACUAUCUUCCAAUCCUUAGUCUCUUUUUCUCAAAGCAAAGGAAGAGAGCAUUGGAGGUGCGUAAAGAACAGGUUGAGUUUAUAGCCCCCAUCAUUGAGCAGAGAAGGAGGGCAAUCCAAAACCCAGGGUCAGAUCACACUGCGACAACAUUUUCCUACCUGGACACACUCUUUGAUCUGAAAAUUGAUGGGAAGAAAUCAGCACCCUCGGAUGCUGAAUUAGUGUCACUGUGCUCAGAGUUUCUGAAUGGAGGCACGGACACAACAGCCACAGCGGUUGAGUGGGGCAUAGCACAGCUCAUAGCGAAUCCUGAGGUUCAGACAAAGCUGUAUGAAGAAAUUAAGAGGACGGUGGGAGAAAAGAAGGUGGAUGAAAAGGACGUUGAGAAAAUGCCUUACCUACAUGCUGUGGUGAAGGAACUCCUAAGGAAGCACCCUCCAACACACUUCGUGCUCACACAUGCUGUCACUGAGCCUACCACUCUGGGAGGGUAUGACAUACCCAUUGAUGCAAAUGUUGAGGUGUACACUCCAGCCAUUGGUGAGGACCCCAAAUAUUGGUCCAACCCUGAGAAAUUUGACCCUGACAGGUUCAUCUCUGGGGGAGAGGAAGCAGACAUAACUGGGGUAACUGGCGUGAAGAUGAUUCCAUUUGGGGUUGGGAGAAGGAUAUGCCCUGGCUUGGGAAUGGCCACAGUUCAUAUUCACCUCAUGAUGGCUAGGAUGGUGCAGGAGUUUGAGUGGGGUGCUUACCCUCCAGAGAAGAAGUUGGAUUUCAGUGGCAAGUGGGAGUUCACUGUGGUCAUGAAAGAAUCUCUAAGAGCAACCAUCAAACCGAGAGAAAAGCUGCAGUUGUAAAAUUUUGCUGCUUCUGGUUUUUACAGAUAACAUAAAACCUUUAUCAUCAUUAAUAUGAUUACUAUUAUAUGUAUACAUCAUCGUGUUUGUGGUUAAUUUGCAUACAACUGCAAGUUUAAUCUCAUCUCUAUUGUCUUAAUUGGUCUGGUUUGUUCAGAGAAAUUUGUUUUGGAGUUGUCACAAAAAUGGAUCUUUUAGUGGA